AUGAAGCCUGAGGGCAGGGCUGACCACAGGGCCGCCACCGGAAGUAGGCCGCAACCGGAAGUAGGCCGCCACCGAUCACGUUCCCCCCACAACAAAAUGGCGGCGCCCGGGACGGCGGCUGGAGCAGUCACAACCACAGCGGCGGCGGCGCUGGUGCAGUAUGUGGUGCUGCGGGGAGACCUGGCCAGGUCAUGGUCGCUGGGUGCUGUGGUGGCCCAAGGGUGUCACGCCGCUUUGGCCGCCGCGCAUGCGCACUGGCAGCACCCGGACACCCGGGCCUACCUGUGUAUGGGCGGCGCCAUGCGCACUGUGGUGCUGGAGGCUCCGGAUGAAGCCGCUCUGACCACGCUGGCACAGACCCUGAAGGAGCACAGCAUUGAUCACGAAGUGUGGACAGAGCAACCCGAGAACAUCCCCAGCUGCCUGGCGCUCAGGCCCUACCCAAAGGACCAAGUGCACCCACACCUGAAGAAGUUCAAGUUGCUCAAGUGACCCCUGCUUUCCUGCCAGCCCUCCUCCUGCGCCACUGUUCCGCUUGCCUCUGGGUGGAAGCAUUGUGCUAAUGUCCAUCAGCCUUCUUGUUGUGCAGCAGCAGUUAAAAAGUGGAAAACGGAUCUUUGCUGGAGAGGAUUAAAUAUUCUUUGCAUCAUGUCACCGUGA